AUGGUUCUCUUCGCCACCACGUCACAGGACGCAUGGGAUGUUCUUGAUGGGAGUUUUGCGUCUCAGUCCACGGCACGCUCUAUGGCGAUUCGUGGCGAGCUUCAGGACUUGAAGAAACGCGAUCUUUCUGCCUUGGUCUACUUCAACAAGAUCAAGUCACUCGCCGACACGCUCACUUCCAUCGGCAAACCACUCAGCGAUGAGGAAUUUACCUCGUAUGUUCUCAAUGGUCUUGAUAGUGACUAUGACUCUCUUAUUAAGGCGGUCCACGGCCGUGAGACAUCGAUCGCCCCUCGUGAUAUCUAUGCUCGUCUCCUUGGGACGGAACAACGCAUCGAGACUCGCCGGGCUGCAGAGGUCUACCACGACACUUCCUCUGCCAAUGCGGCGUAUCGGGGCGGCUCUCGCUCCAACUUCGGUGCUCGUUCCAACAACCGCUCCACCGGCAAGCCGCCCCUUCUCUCUACACCAUCUCAGUAG